AACGCCUGGAACUAAACCACGCCUUGGAUUAGACAGAGUCCCAGCCACGCCUUACAGGCUGGGCUGUGUGGAGUUUCAGCAGCCUAAAUCUCCUCCUCCCAGACAACCAAUCCCAAUUUUCGCCAAAGCUGUGUGUUUGACGACAGCGGCUGGUUUGCGGCACAGCUCGCAGGCUGUGGGUGUUCGCUCCCGUUGUGCGGAGGUGGCGGGACGAGACGAGACGAGACGAGGCGAGGCGGAGAUGCGCCGGGCCGGUGGGGACGCCCCGACACCCCUGGAUGAGUCUCCACGUGUCAGAAGGAGAGAACUGAAGGAGGCGGUAACGGAGGAGCAAGGCAGCAAAAUGAAGAGGAUCUUUGGGUUUGAGUUGUCAGAUUUCCGAAGUUGGCAUCGAUUUGUUUGUCUGUUAAAUCGACCCACUGACCCGGCAUCCCUGGGGGUCUUCAGGCUUCUCUUCGGUUUGCUGAUGGCCCUUGACAUUCCACAGGAGCGGGGUUUAAGUUCGCUGGAUCACAAGUACUUUGAUGAACUGGUGGUCUGUCGUUUUCCUCUGUUCAACUUCUUGAAGCCGCUCCCUUUGGACUGGAUGUACGUGGUCUUUGUCAUCAUGUGGUUAGGUGCAAUUGGGAUCAUGCUUGGCUGUUUCUACAGACUCUCCUGCAUGAUGUUUUUUAUCCCGUACUGGUACAACUUCUUCCUGGAUAAAACGGCAUGGAACAAUCACUCAUACCUGUAUGGCCUCAUUGGGUUCCAGCUGACAUUCAUGGAUGCCAACAGAUACUGGUCUAUUGACGGCUUACGAAACCCCAGAAAGAGGAACGCUCAGGUACCACUGUGGAAUUACACUCUGCUGAGGACACAGAUCUUCAUUGUCUAUUUCAUUGCUGGCGUGAAGAAGCUCGAUGCUGACUGGGUGGAGGGAUACUCGAUGAACCAACUUGUAGAGCAUUGGUUGUUUGAUCCCUUCAAGCUAUUGCUUUCAGAGGAGCUGGUGAGCCUUCUGGUUGUGCACGGUGGAGGCCUUGUGUUGGACCUGUCGGCCGGAUAUCUUCUCUUCUUUGACUUCACCCGCCCCUACGCCAUCAUCUUUGUCACCUACUUCCAUUGUAUGAACUCCCAACUCUUCAACAUAGGGAUGUUCUCCUACACAAUGCUGGCAACAUCUCCACUCUUUUGCUACCCCAACUGGCCGAGACCAUUAGUUCAGAAGUUCCCGGGCUUCCUGAAGAACCUGCUGCCACUCACUGAUCCGCCCCAGCCGAGUGAUUCUUGUGUGUAUCCCGUCAAGGAACAGGACGGGAAGGGCAAAAGUCAGCAGCGUGUUGGCACAGAGACACCUCUCACAUUGCGACAGAGGAUGGGGGCGAUUUUUGUUGUGGUCUACAUUGCGGAGCAGUUCUUCUUGCCGUAUUCCCACUUCAUCACACAGGGAUACAAUAACUGGACCAAUGGACUCUAUGGAUACUCCUGGGACAUGAUGGUUCAUUCCAGAUCUCACCAACAUGUCAAGAUAACCUACAAGGAUGGAGUAACUGGAGAGAUCGGCUACCUAAAUCCGGGGGUGUGGACACAGAGUCGUCGUUGGAAGGACCAUGCUGACAUGUUGAAGCAGUAUUCCAGCUGCCUGGCCCAGGAACUCCGCAGAUACAACAUUGUUGAUCCCGAGAUCUACUUUGAUAUCUGGGUGUCUAUGAACGACAGAUUUCAGCAGAGAUUGUUUGAUCCGCGGGUCAAUGUUGUAACGGCCGAGUGGUCCCCCUUCAAGAAGACGUCGUGGCUGAUGCCGCUGCUAGUUAACCUCUCACCCUGGAGGCUGAAGUUUGAAGAAAUCGAGAAAACUUUGGAUAAUCAGACUGACGUGGUUUUCAUUGCGGAUUUUCCAGGGCUUCACUUGGAGAACUUUGUGAGCGAGGACCUGGGCAAUACCAGCAUCCAGGUGCUAAAAGGGGAGUUGGCCGUGGAGAUUGUGGCCGAGAAGAAAAACUACAGCCUGAAGGAGGGAGACAAGAUGCAGGUACCAGCUGGUGAUUAUCACAAUGUGUACACCAUAUCUGAGGAACCCUCAUGUUACAUGUAUAUCUAUGUGAACACUACAAUGGUGCAGUUUGAAGAGAAUUACACACGUUUUGUGGAGCUUCAAGAGAAGAUUAAGAAUGGAACCGAAACUGAAGACAUUCCACCCGAGCUGCGAACCAUAUUGAAUGGAAGCACCGAGAACGUCAACAUCACAGACCCCAGUUUCGCAGCUUUCGUACGCCGGCAGAGGAGGCAGGAGGAGUACGAGAGGAGGAGGAACUCGACCAUGGUGGAGAGGUUUGUCAGGUUCGCACAGAAAAAGCACUUCAUCUUCCGAAGGAGCUUCCUCAUGACUGGCUACGCAUUGAGGAACCUCAUUUUUGGACGACCUUCAGUGGAACAGCUAGCAGAAGAGUUUCAGUAUGCAUCGAUGAAAUCUCCUGAGGGUGUAAAUCCUGAAUCUCAGAGCAGACAGAAGACCAUGUGGAACUGUGAGGGUGGUACUGCCACAUGACAUGUUACAACCCAAUGCUUCUGUGGCUAAUGGAUGCAAGUUCCACACAGCUACCAGCACAAUGUGCCUGAACUGAAUUUCUAAAUGGAUUUUAUAGGUGGUUUGUGAAAACCUGAUUUUUGUUUUUCAGUUUCAGCUGCACAGGAUCUUGUUUGUAAAGAAAAACACACAAAAUCAAUCUUUAAAGAUUGUAAUUUAAUUUCACACUAAGUGCUGAAGAUCCAAUUUAAAGAUAUUUUCCAGAAGGAUUGAUGGGACACCACCGUGAUCCCAAAAGAAUCAUGCUUGACGUUAGAUUUUCUAGCCAAUAAAAGCACCACAAGGCUUCCUAUUUCUCAA